CUCCUCAACUUUCUCUCUCUAGAACGUUCCCCGUUUCUCUCUCUUCAAAUUCCUCAAUUCGUUCAGCCUAAAUAACACGAAUUUUAUCAUAUGUUUUGUAUAUAUACCAGUUAAUUAAUUAAUUAGCGUGAUUAUAUUGGAAGCUUUUUUGAAGUAUUAUCAGAAGCAUUUUGCUUCGAUAUAUAAUUUAAUCCGUGGGGGUUUGGAAUACGCAUGAGGAGGCGUUUUGGAAAUUCGCUUGAUUUUUGCACCGAUUAUCGUUCAUCGAUUCGUCAUCAGUCCAGUAAUUCGCCGGAGUUUUCUAUUUUUAGCGAUUUUAAUCUUCAUUCGGAAUCCUUGUUGUCGUUGCUCCUGUUGAGGUUUUCCAAAUUGAGGUUAUUCUUAUUUAGUACUAGUUGUACGAAUAAUAAUUUUAGUAGGAAUCAAUCAUCCGAUCGCCUCCAGGAACUCCCUUCCUUGAUCAGUUAUGGAGUCACGCAACAGCAGGUCUAAUUCGCAAUUGCAGAGAGGUCUUUGCAAUUCCAAUGUUGAAGGGAGAUCACCUUCUGUUAUUGUCAUAGGCAGUGGCUUUGCAGGCAUUGCUGCUGCAAGAGCUCUUCAUGAUGCCGCGUUUCAGGUGACUUUGCUGGAAUCAAGGGACAGAAUUGGUGGUCGUGUUCACACUGAUUAUUCAUUUGGUUUCCCUGUAGAUUUGGGAGCAUCAUGGUUGCACGGGGUUUGCAAUGAGAAUCCUUUGGCACCUGUUAUUGGAAGAUUGGGAUUACCUCUUUAUCGUACGAGCGGUGAUAAUUCGGUUCUGUAUGAUCAUGAUUUGGAGAGCUAUGCUCUCUUUGAUAUGGAGGGUAAUCAAGUUGCGCAAGACUUGGUGUCAAAAGUUGGUGUCACAUUUGAAAGCAUCUUGAAAGAGACGAAUUUAGUGAGGGAAGAAUCUAAUGGAGAUAUGCCAAUUUCUCGUGCCAUAUCACUUGUUUUUGAACGGAGACCAGAUUUAAGGUUGGAGGGACUUGCUCAUAAGGUCUUGCAGUGGUAUCUCUGCAGAAUGGAAGGCUGGUUUGCUGCAGAUGCUGACACUAUAUCACUUCAAAGUUGGGACAAGGAGGAGUUGCUCCCGGGAGGUCAUGGCCUUAUGGUUAGGGGCUAUCUUCCAGUAAUUAAUACACUUGCUAAAGGUCUUGACAUCCGGUUAGGUCAAAGGGUUACAAAGGUUGUUAGACGGUACCAUGGAGUGAAGGUUACUGUGGAAGAUGGGAGAACAUUUGUCGCAGAUGCUGCAAUUGUUGCUGUUCCUCUUGGCGUUCUGAAAUCGAACCGGAUUCAAUUUGAACCAAGAUUACCAGAUUGGAAGGAGGAGGCCAUAAAUGACCUUGGAAUAGGGAUCGAGAACAAAAUAAUUUUGCGCUUUAGUGAGGUCUUUUGGCCUAAUGUAGAGUUCUUGGGAGUAGUUGCAGAAACUUCUUACGAGUGCAGUUACUUUCUUAACCUGCAUAAGGCGACUGGCCAUCCAGUCCUUGUUUACAUGCCCGCAGGACAAUUAGCUCGUGACAUUGAGAAAAUGUCAGAUGAAAGUGCUGCCAUGUUCGCUUGUACACAGCUUAAGAGAAUCCUUCCAAAUGCUUCUAAACCUAUCCAGUUUCUUGUUUCUCACUGGGGUACCGACGAAAACACAUUGGGUUCAUAUAGCUACGACACAGUAGGUAAGCCCCAUGAGUUGUAUGAGAAGCUUAGAAUCCCUGUAGACAACCUAUUUUUUGCUGGGGAAGCAACGAGCUUUGAAUUCCCUGGUUCCGUACAUGGAGCAUACUCUACUGGGCUGAAGGCGGCCGAGGACUGCAGGAUGCGUGUGCUUGAGCGGUAUGGGGAGUUGGAUCUGUUCCACCCUGUGAUGGGCGGGGAGGAGACUUCUUUCUCUGUUCCGCUGCUAAUCUCCCGAAUGUAACUAUUUGAGCAUUUGAAAUGUGUGUGCUUGGGCAGCUCUGCUUUUUGAGAAGUUGGGAGAUCCAGAAUUGCGUGAUUUCUUGAUAAAUGAUCGAAGCAGGAGUUGGAUUUAAUUAUGUUGGUUUGCUAAAUGUAUCUCGUGGUGUUUUAGUAUAUGUUGAUGUUUUGCGUUUUCAUUGAUACUGUGUACAAUUAUCCAUUGGAAAUGAAGCUGGAAGAGUCAUUAUUGACAAUUCUUUCAGCUUUGUGCUAAUAAUGGAUUGGAUUAAAAUGGCUCAUUCAAAUUCCGACGCUUCUUAAUUGUGAAGUUGUCGAAAAUUAAUAUAUCAAUGCAUCAAUGCAUUUUGGGUCAUACUACUUAAACGGCCUCUUUGUAAUCUUGACCCUAGAGGAUAUCAAUGUUGUGUAUUGUUGUUGUUGUAUUGAUACUGUGUACAAUCAUUAAAAUCAUGCAAUCAUUUAAAUCAUUAUUUAUUUUAAAAUUACAAUACCUCCG